AUGACUUCGGUGUGCAGAUUCGAUUCUUUGGUUACAAAACGACGUCGUUUGCUGGAGCGGUCGCCAUCAAAACAGGAAAUGUUACAACAACCAUCUACACACUCAACGACACUGUGGGAGAGACUUUGUUGCCCAAACUUAGAAUAAAUGGCACUCUAAUGAACGCAAAUACCUCAACAGUUUACACUAUUGAUUCAGAUCGUGCAAGACUUUAUGUACAGCCGACGAAAAAUAACGGUUCUGUGGUGCGAUAUCUCUUCCAAUUCAAUUCUGGUGCCACCUAUUCGGUCGACGUUCGCUACAGCAGCAUGCUGGAAAGACAAUACAUCGAUACUGAAAUGGGACUGGUGGAAUCUUUUCUCGGUCAGACCGAGGGACUGUGUGGAAACAUGGAUAAUAACAUGGAAAACGAUUUGGGAAGUCCUGAUGGAAGACAGCUAAGCAAUACAACGAUCUUUGCAGAAUCAUGGCGCGUUGAUAUGAGCGUUUCAAAUCGAGGAGAUGGCUCGUGGUCGUGGUCGUAUUCCAACUUUCAUCCAGAUGAUCCACUUGAUUUUUCAUAUACCAAUCCGUAUCAUAGGACAGUGUAUGGAACAGAGCAGCUAAACGACACAAAAAGAAUGGAAGCAGAAAGAGAAUGUGUUGGUCUUCGUUUGCAAGGAAAGCUGCUGAAUGAUUGUAUUAUCGAUUUUGCACUGACAGGCGACAAGACGGUCCUAGAGCAGCAAGCAUUCCAACAGGGUAAAUGUCCUAAUGAUUGUUCUAAUCGAGGACGCUGCAGUAACAAAUCAUGCAUCUGCAUAGACAGCUGGAUGGGCGAAGACUGCAGCCUAGGUGGUUGCGACAACUGUCCGUCUAAUAGCGAGUGUGUCGAUGGAUUUUGCAAAUGUAAUUUCGGGUAUUUUGGAAAAAAUUGUUUGAAAGCUACUUGUGAGAUGGUUAACAACUGCACUACUGCAACACACGGACGAUGCAAAUCUCCUAACGUCUGUCAAUGUAAUGCAGGUUAUUUGGGUAAUGAUUGCAGUAUGUUGGCAUCAUGUACUCACAACUGUUCGUAUCGAGGCACUUGUGUAGGAGAUAACGAGUGUCUCUGCUAUUUUGGAUGGGGAGGAAACUCUUGCACUAAGCAAACAUGCGAGAACUUUGCUUACUGUUCUGGGCAUGGCACUUGUCGUAGUGAUGGAACGUGUGAGUGCAAUGCAGGUUGGCAAGGAAGUUCGUGUGAUCUUUCUAGUUGCGAUGACGUCGGUGACUGUUCUGGUCACGGUGACUGCAUUGAAGUAAAUAAAUGUAGUUGUCACGUUGGAUAUACGGGACUUACUUGCAACAUCUCUGCUUCGUGUCCAUCUAAACAAAACUGCAGUGAUAAUGGAAUCUGUAUAGACUCGGACACGUGUAUAUGUUAUGCGGGAUACUUUGGUAAUGAAUGCGAGGCGUUUGAAUGCAGUCGAGGAUGCUCGGGUCGAGGUACUUGUGAAGCACCAGACAUCUGUUCGUGCAUACUCGGAUGGACUGGAUACGAUUGUUCGAUACCGUCGUGUGAGCAGUUGCAUUACUGUUCAGGUAAUGGCAAAUGUGUUGGCCCUGGUACUUGUCAAUGCGAUGAUGGAUGGGGUGGAGCAAUGUGUAAUGAUUUUGACUGUAGUUCCGGCAGUAGAAGUGGUGAUUGCUCUUUGAAUGGCAACUGUGCUUCACCAGGAAUGUGUGCGUGCAACUCUAACUAUUGUGGAAACGACUGUCAAUACCAAAUCACAAAUGAGUGUGUAGAAACUGCAACCAAUGGUACCGUAACAUCUCUCUGCGAUCAGCUGUGCAUUGACACUUGCGAGUCGUACGAGUGUGCUUGCUCUGUUGGUUACGUUCUAGACAAUGACGGUAGAACGUGUCAAGACGUAGACGAAUGCAAUGAAACGUUUGCCAUUCGAUUGCACUACUGCGAAAGUGUGUGCGUUAACAUCCUCGGAUCUUAUUACUGCAACUGUAGCGUGGGUUAUCAGUAUUCACACGACAAACAGUUAUGCGUUGAUGUGGACGAGUGUGGCGUGAGUGAUCGUUGCAGUCAAAAGUGCACAAAUACUGUUGGUUCCUACAAGUGCGGUUGCAAGAGUGGAUAUCGGCUCAAUAGGAAUCAAGUAGAUUGUGACGACAUCGACGAGUGCACGGAAAAUCGUCACGACUGUUCGGGCGUGUGUAAUAAUACGCUUGGCUCGUUCAGAUGUGGUUGUACGAAUGAAUUUCUACUGGAACAAGAUGGAAAGACAUGCACAGAAUUGCCAUUUGCUUCCUCAAAUGAGUUUCUCAUUGGUGCAACACAAGCGGUCCUUGCGAGCACGACUAGCGGCGAAUUUAACAAUCAUCGAUCGGACUUUUACGGAAAUGUUACCAGAGAAGUAUGGACUUAUUGUCAACGUUCUACGGAUGCUCAAUGCGCAAAUUUGACAAGAAGCACGACGUCGAACUUCUAUGUUCGAGUUGCUUCCACUAUUCCUAGCAAAACUUCUCUGACGCUCACAUUCUAUGUGUUUGCCAUAGAGGGUUCUACUGAUGCGAUGACGAUAAUUCCAGCUGAUGAAGUUGUUUCUGCUUUGAAUGAUGGCCAUGUGUUAGAAAAGGCCGGUUAUCGAGUGCUCAGCCUGACUGCUCGCUUUCAACCAUCGACAGAAACACCUACAGCAAUUAGUACUGGAUCUGAUUCUCAACAAUUAAAUGAAUGGAAAAUAGCAGUUAUAUUAUUGUCUGCAGUACUGAUGUGUGUUUGCAUUACUCUCGUGUGGUUUUGCUGUUGUAAGAAAAAAUGUAUCUCACGUGCAAAUGAUAGCGAGAGUUUAAAAUGUGUGAAUGUAGCUUAUAAUGCAACAAUGGAAGAAGUCAAAGCAGUGGAACCACCUGUACAUUAUGAAGCUAUUGAUUAAUCCACAUUAGUAACCUAGACAGUUUAGUUGUAUGAAUGGAGCUGCACCGGGCAAGAGCGAACAAUGUAAUUGUGCUUUACUCAACAGUAGAUAUUAGAGCGGGUGGUAGAUAGAAUGCAAGUAGAGCAAGUCUCUAGCUGCGCAGCGUCUGUGUCUAGGAAGUACUUGCUCCAUAUGUCUUAGCUACAAUUUGUUGUAUGCUAGCCUAGCAUGCACGAACUUCUUUAUCAAAUACUGAGCAUUAUAUAUCCACUCUUUCACUAAA